AACCAGCACACUGUUCUACCGAUACAGGGCAGGAUAGGGACGUUGAAGUUUGUAAUAUAAAAGGGAGAAAAAUGGAUGAAAAGCAGGACCCAGCCAAACAGACAGUGAUGUGGGACUGUGGGCUAAGGUACAUGUUUGGUCCGACUCCUGCCCUGCACCCUGGCAGCAGGUGCAUCAUGCAGUGUAAGGAGGACCUGUCCAGACUGGAGAUGGUUCACAGACUGGCCAAAGACGGAUGCCGUCUUUUUCAAAUCCAUGGAAAGGGACCAGAUAAAGUAAAAGAGCCCCACAGUGACGAGGCAGUCCGUGUGAGUGUGAGCGACCGCGGCCGCGAUGUGCUCGUGCUCCAGGCUCUCAGAGGAUCUGUGAGGGGAGGGGCCACAGAGGAGGAGAGGUACGUGGUGGUGUCAGGAACCCCCGAGAAGAUCCUGGAGCAUCUGUUAAACGAGCAGAGAGUGGAGGACGAACAGGGGAACACGCAGGGAGAAGAUACUCUUCUGGAUGACUUCUUGCUCACCUACCCAGUCUUCAUGACAACCAGUGAUUUUUGCCAAGCUCUACUCGGACACUUCUGCACCAAGCGAUACCGAGGAAAAGAGGACAGGAAAGAGGUGCUGCAGAGGAAACAGAAAGUCCUCCACUUGGUUUUACAGUGGAUGACUCUGUGCAAAAGCUUCCUGAGGGACGACCAGCAUAUCAAAGUGUUUCUGAAGACUUUGUACCGUUAUGCAUUAGAAGAUUUGUACGAACAUCCAGCUCUGGAGAAGGAUUUGAGGGACCUGCAGGAAAUCUAUCAACUGCAUCGUCGAAAUACAAGCGAUGAUUAUUCUCCACACAGAAAGAGCAAAGCAUUGUUCCACCAGUUGAGUUUCAAAGACAAUGGAGUGCAGCCCAGAGUCUCACACAGGGAGACCAAGGAGGUUUUGUGCCAUGUGUACAUCUCCAUGGAUUCCUACCUGAGUAUCAGGGCCAGUGGAGGCAUCGUAGCCCAGGAGCUGCUGCAGGCAGUGGCAGAGAGGAUGGAUGUCCCUCUGGGGGAUCUGGUACUGGUGGCCAUCACUUACCCUGGAGGUCGACUGCUCCUGCAGCCUCAGGAUAAAGUCUACUCUGAGUUGUUACGACCAAUCGGGCGGCUGCAUGUGUGCAGGAAGGACCUCGGUGAUGUGCUGAACCCAUUUACAGAUAACUCUGAGCUACAGCAAAGGACCACUCACAUGCUCAGUCUGAACACAUGGGACGUGGCUGUGGCUCUCACAAAUUUAGACUGGGUCCUUUUUGACUCCAUCCAUGAGCAACAGUUGAUCUACUUCACUUUCAGCCGCACGGCCAGCAGUGGCCACACUGUGGCACUGGAGCUUCUACUAAAACGCUGUAAUGAAGUGCAGCUCUGGGUGAUGACCGAGGUGCUUCUGUGUCCAACACUCUGUAAACGAGUGCAGCUCAUCAAGAAGUUCAUCAAGAUAGCUGCUCACUGUAAAGCUCUGAAAAAUUUCAACUGUUUCUUUGCCAUUAUCAUGGGUCUGAAUUCUGCAGCUGUGAGCCGCCUCACUCAGACAUGGGAGAAAAUACCAGGGAAAUUUAAAAAGCUGUUUUCAGAGCUCGAGACUACAACAGAUCCCUCGCUGAACCACAAAGCCUACAGAGAGUCCUUUAAAAAGAUGAAAGCACCAAAGAUCCCCUUCCUUCCUCUGCUACUUAAAGAUAUCACAUUUAUCCACGAAGGCAACAAGACAUUUCAUGAUAAUUUGGUCAAUUUUGAAAAGUUGCACAUGAUAGCAGAAGCUGUUCGAAUCAUUCGGCAGUGUCAAAACGACAUGAUGGGAAAUGACAUUACACAGAAAAGCAGUUCAGAAGUACGAGCGUAUGUGGAUUUUCUUCACAUCAUCGACAAUCAACAGACUCUUUUUGAGCUCUCAGUUAAGCUGGAGCCACGUGCUUAAAGGAAUCUUCUACUGUUCUACUGUCCAAGGAUUACACGUCUAUGAAUAAUAAACUACUGUUACUCAGGACUCUAUGCAGAUAGUGCACGUCCCUCUCUGGCCACAAGAGGGAGCCACCAUACCAGAAUAAUGAAUACACUGAAGUCAGCAAGAGAGACCUGAGGUCAACUACAGCAGUAACUGGCUUGCCUCUGCAGAGAAAGGAGAAAUAUGAUUCAAUAUCAAGGUCUAUCAGUAGAAAUAAGUCUCUCCAGCAGUAAACAACAACAACAACAGUCAGUCUGAGCUGCACUGUAAGACAUCAGUUCAGUUUGUUUUUACUUCAUGUAAAAUAAUGAUCUGGGAUGUGUCUAGCACUGACGGCAACUUUCAUGUAGGAAGAGGUUUAAGGCAAACUCUUUUGUCCCAAUGUCCCAUUAGAGAAUUAUGUCCCAUGUCGCUGCUUCUGACCUAGAGUAGUUCACUGAGGAGCCUUGGGUGACCACACUGCUGUCAAGAGCAUUCAGAUGUUGAUCUGGAGCCAACCUGAGCUGUGCAGAUUCUAAUAAUAUUAGAUAUUAUCUAUUUUUUGCAACACAAAUAUGAAAAAACAAGGAUUUAUUUAAAUAUGGAAUAUUUUCAGGCAAAAGAAUUUUAUAGUUAGCCAAAGAGCUAAAGGCAAAUCCUUCUCAUAACCUUAAACAAUUUCCAUCAAUUAGACUUUAUCAUCUUCUUGUUUUAUUGUCUCCUUAAUUUACAUAUAUGAGUAAGUCCAAUGGUUUUACUCUAGGACAGUGCUGUAAGUAGUAACGAACCUCUCUGUGUGUGACUUACAAUCAUGUAUUUUGGUGCCAAAUGUGGUAAAAAUAUCAGAGAAUAUCUUGUGAUAGGAUUGAUUUGUUUUACUGUGGACAAUCAGUGAAAUGAUGCAACAUACCAUCUGUGUAUUGGUAUUUGACAUUUUAUAGGCUACUGUAGCUGCAGUCUCAAUUAUAGCUGAUGGAUGAUACACAUUAGAUGGAAAAGUUUUAUGUAUUUGGCCAGCUGUCGUGAAAUUGUAGAUGAACUUUUAUAUACUGUUAUUUUGUUGCUUUUCCGAAUAGACUACUUAAGAAUGUACAUGCUUCAGAAUGUGUUUAUUCAGGUUUUGUAUUUUAAGUAUUUUAAGUAUGUACUGUGUACUUUAUUUUGUAAAUAUCCAUUAAUUCUGGAUUGUAUUAUUUAUUUCAGAAUUCUUUAUUUUAUCCAUAAACAUUUGAUCCUCUGUGAUGGUUCUGUGCACAGUGUUUGAUUGAUCUGCAUGAUGAAGCAAACCAUGGAUUGUCCUCUCUAAUUUAGUCAACUGUGUAUGCAAUAAAAUAUUGCUUUUGUUUACCACAUUGGAAUACAAUGCCACCAUAAUACACACUCCCCGAAUUUAUAA